AUGACGCCAAAGUGGAAGCGAGGAGCCAACGACAAUGCAGUCACACAUCCGUCCAGUAAACGAUCAGCCAUUGAUCAGAACGAUAGGGACUUUUCGGACCAAGAAGAAAUUGAUGCGGAGCUCUCAAGUAUCAACAACUUGCUUGAAGAAGAAGAGACAUCGCAGAAACAAACGUGGCAAAUUGGCAAAAGGGUAAAAAAGUUAUUGGAAAAUCAUGAAAACCUACCCAUUUCCAAGGAAUUAGAUGCCUAUUUUCUAUGGGGUACAGCAUUAACACGCCUUGCGUCCUUAAAUGAAGACCCAAUAUUAGCAAAUGCAGCUGUGGACAAGUUUGAACAGAUGAUACAAUUAAAUCAUGACAAACAAGAUACUGCUGAAGAAGAUGCAAUUGAUGAAGCUUUAGGUCCUGUGGGUUUCUCACUCUGGGGCUCAGCAUUGCUCAUUAUUGCAACCGAGACACUGAAUGAGCAAGUUUUAGAUCAAGCGCUUACAAAGUUGGAGCGAGCUAUUCAAGUGGAUGGAGGAACGACAUUUGAAACGAGGUUUCAAUUUGCAAAAGCAUUGAAAGAAGGAGGUGAGUUAAUGGCAUUUCUUGCACCAAAUGACGGUCGAAAGAGAAGGAAUUACUAUGCAAAAGCUUUACAAGUUUGUAGCACGUUGCAAGACAUUUAUUCAAUCGAGUUAGAGAAAAAUAAGGUACAAGAAGGGAGUGAUGAUGAUGAUCAGGUGACAAGUCAAGACUUUGCUCAAGUGAAGCUGCUGGAAGCAGUACUGCAAGGUCUACUUGAAGACUCUGGCAGUGUUGAGGAUUUUUGUCGGACCAUUACACUUUAUCAGGAAGCUAGUGUGCUAAGUCCUGAAAGUGCUGAGGCAGUGAUGGAAAAGACUAAUUAUCUAGCUGCAAGGUGCUUAGCAAAAACUACUUUGGGCGCCAAACCCACGGUCCAAGAGUGGACCAAGCUGUUUGACAACCUGGAAGCAGAAUACAAAAGCUUGUUGAUUGCUGCUGGUUUCGAUUUGAUAGAAUGUCAUUAUAUCUGUCAUCGUAAGGAUACUCAUAACCAAGAGGAGCUGGAAGACGAAGAAGUUGACGAAAGGGUGCCACAUUUGCUUAACACGCUCGGGAAGGGUCUAGCAGCAUUUGUGCGGUCCUUUCCACAUUUAGAUUACAACACCGGUCAACGACAGAAGAAAAAACAAAAGCGAAAGCGUCAUGAGGUGGCUGGAAACGCCCGCUUCACGCAUGCAGUUGAGGUAUUACGCACUGCUCAUCACUUCCACGACAAGCUCGGCAGUUAUUACCUGGCUUGCUUGUAUGCAUCGCCGGCGUUCGAAGACGAAGCGCAAUGUCGUAUCUGGCUUGAAACUGCAGACAGCUAUGGUGCUCUGGAAGAUGAAUUUGACGCACAAGAGUUUUCUACAAUGCACAACAAGACGUGGUUCAAGCGCUUGACUGAGCCGAAGAACAAAGCGGACAGCAUGAGAUGA